GAGGUUCAACAGUAAAGUGAAGGAGUCGUCGACCCCCAGCCCGCGUCAAAAAGCCAACGCGGCCUCCUCCUCCCCUUCCAGUCUCUUCCGGUACCACUGGUCUCAACAACGUCAAGAUGGCCGAACUCGACACAUUGGACAUCAUUGUCCUGGCCGCCAUCCUUCUUGGGACGGUGGCCUACUUCACCAAGGGCAAGAUGUGGGGCGUCACAAAAGACCCGUAUGCGAACUCGUUCUCAGCUGCCAAUGGCACCAAGGCCGGCAAGACCAGGAAUAUCAUCGAGAAGAUGGAGGAGUCGGGGAAGAACUGCAUAAUCUUCUACGGAUCGCAGACUGGCACCGCUGAGGAUUACGCGUCGAGACUCGCCAAAGAGGGCAAGAGCCGUUUCGGCCUCGAGACCAUGGUUGCUGAUCUGGAAGAUUACGACUACGAGAAUCUCGACGCCAUCCCCAACGACAAGGUCGUCAUGUUUGUGCUGGCUACAUACGGCGAGGGCGAGCCGACGGAUAACGCGGUUGACUUCUACGAAUUCAUCACUAGCGAGAGCCCGUCCUUCUCGCUCGACAACGACCCUCCUCUCGGCAACCUGAACUACGUAGCCUUUGGUCUGGGCAACAACACGUACGAGCAUUACAACUCCAUGGUGCGCAAUGUCAACAAAGCGCUGCAGAAACUGGGUGCGCACCGCAUCGGAGAGGCCGGCGAGGGAGACGACGGCGCUGGCACCAUGGAAGAGGAUUUCUUGGCUUGGAAGGACCCGAUGUGGAAGGCUCUGGCGGAGAAGAUGGGCUUGGAGGAGCGCGAGGCUGUCUACGAGCCCGUGUUUGGCAUUGUUGAACGGGACAAUCUCACGCUCGACGCGCCCGAGGUUUACCUUGGCGAGCCCAAUAAGAUGCAUCUCGACGGAACCCCGAAGGGUCCCUUCAAUGCCCACAACCCCUACAUUGCCCCCAUCCAGAAGUCGUACGAGCUGUUCAACGUCAAGGAUCGCAACUGUCUUCACAUGGAAAUCGACAUCAGUGGCUCAAACUUGAGCUACCAGACUGGCGAUCAUAUCGCUGUUUGGCCCACCAACGCCGGCGAGGAGGUCGACCGCUUUUUGGAUAUCUUCGACCUGACCAGCAAGCGGCACAAUGUCAUCAGCGUUAAGGCCCUGGAGCCCACGGCAAAGGUCCCCUUCCCGACGCCGACCACCUACGACGCCAUCGUGCGCUACCACAUGGAAAUCUGCGCACCCGUCUCCCGCCAGUUCAUCGCCACACUCGCUGCGUUCGCCCCUGACGAGGAGGCCAAGGCUGAGAUGACCACACUGGGCAGCGACAAGGACUACUUCCACUCCAAGGUCAACGUGCAGUAUCUCAAUAUUGCUCGUCUCCUGGCCAUCGUCAGCAAAGGCAAAAAGUGGACCAACGUCCCGUUUUCCGCUAUCAUUGAAGGGAUCACCAAGCUGCAGCCGCGCUACUACUCCAUCUCGUCUUCCUCUCUAGAGCAGCCCAAGAUGAUUUCCAUUACUGCAGUAGUCGAGACGCAGGACCUCCCUGGUCGUGGAGACCCAUUCAGGGGUGUCGCGACGAACUAUCUCCUCGCUCUCAAGGAAAAGCAGAACGGUGAUCCCAACCCGAGUCCUUUUGGCCUGACGUACGAGAUCAUGGGACCUCGCAACAAGUACGAUGGUAUCCACGUCCCAGUCCAUGUUCGACACUCCAAUUUCAAGCUCCCCUCGGAUCCGACCAAGCCAGUCAUCAUGGUCGGCCCCGGUACCGGUGUCGCGCCCUUCAGAGGAUUCGUCCGUGAGAGGAAAAGGAUGGUCGAGAACGGCCAGGACGUUGGCAAGACCAUCCUCUUCUUCGGCUGUCGCAAAUCGACCGAGGACUUCAUGUAUGAGAAGGAAUGGGAGGAAGCCAAGAAGGUCCUUGGUGACCAGUUCGAACUUGUGCUCGCUUUCUCCCGUGAGGGCCCCAAAAAGGUCUACGUCCAGCACCGGUUGAAGGAACGCGCCAAGGAGAUCAACGAGCUGUUGCAACAAAAGGCUUACUUCUACGUCUGCGGUGACGCCGCCAACAUGGCGCGCGAGGUCAAUGCCGUCCUGGCGCAGAUUCUCUCUAGCGAGCGGGGCAUUUCAGAAGAGCGGGCGGAGGAGAUUGUUAAGCAGAUGAGGGCGGCAAACCAGUACCAGGAGGACGUGUGGUCGUAGAUACUAUACGUAAACAGGUUAGCGGGAUGUGUAAACGGCAACGGCGCUGGGGUUAGGGCAACGUUAGCGAUUUUGCAUCUGGGCUCUGGGAUAGAAGGAGUCAGAGAGAGUGGAAGCAACUGAGCGGCCACGAUGUUCAUGUCUCAAACUAUAUGCCGAGACUGUGGCUUGCCCCGCUCUCUCCUCAAACCCCUUCUCCGGUAACUAGGUACC